AUGCAAAUCACCUUCAAGACAGUCCUCAAGAGACAAUUUACUCUCGAAGCAAAUCCAACAGAUACGAUCAAAGUAUUGAAACAAUCUGUUGAAGAUGCCACAGAAUACAGUUCUAAUGGAAUGAAAUUAAUUUAUGGAGGAAAGGAAUUAGCUGAUGAACAAUCCAUUGAAUCAGCCAAUAUUCAAUCCAAUGUUGCUGUCAUUGUCGUUGCCAAGAAGAAGCAACUUGCUGCUCAAGUUAAGAAGAAGGAAGAAGAAACAACACCACAACCAACCACUACUGAACAACCAAGUUCCGAAUCUACUCCAGCCACUACUACUACCACUACUCCUUCAACAACUACUCCAGUCACUACAACCACUACUACUCCUUCCACCACUCCUACUACUGCUACAACAACAACUACAACAACAGAACAACAAAAUAUCCCAGGUGGUCCUGGAUCUCCGGAAUAUGAUGAAACAGUGCAACAAUUUUUGGAAAUGGGCUAUGAUAGAAAUGAUAUUGAUGAGUGUAUGAAGGCUUCAUUCUAUGAUAGAGCUACUGCUGCUGAAUUCCUCAUUUCUGGUAUUCCUGAAAAUGUCAAGCAAAUGAUGCAAGAAAAUGGUGGUAAUUUACCUACUCCACCACAAGGAGGUAGUCUUGCCUCUGCUCUUGCUGGAAAUCAACAAGGAUUCAGCUUGCGUGAUUUGUUCACCCUUUCACCACAACUUAACAAUUUGAGAAAUGCUAUCAGACAAAAUCCAACUUUGUUACGUGAAUUCUUGACACACGUAUCACAAGUUAGUCCGGAAUUGUACCAAAUCAUUCAAUCUAAUCCUCGUGAAUUUUUGGAAAUUAUUAAUGAAACUGGUCCAGUUACUGGAACUACUGGAACUCAACCACAAACUACUCCAACUACUACUACUGGAGGUGAACAUCCACCAUCUGGUGAGGAACUUCAACAACAAGCACCACCAGGAACAAUUUUCAUUUCUCAAGAUGAUGAACGAAAGAUUAACGAACUUGUUGGUUUAGGAUUUACAAAGAAUGAAGCCAUUCAAGCCUAUUUGGCCUGUGAUAAGAAUCAAGAAAUGGCUGCUAACUUGCUCUUUGAAAAUCGUGAUCGUGGUUUUGAGGAUGACAGUGAUGAUGAGCAAGGAAUGCACGAUGAAUAAAUUUUCUCUAUAACUUGUAUUUUAUUUAACAAUGACCAUUUCAAUAUUUUCAGC